AUGGGUAGCAUAGAGUCAGAUAUCGAUAAAUUAACUUUGAAACUUGGAAAUGAGGAGAUUUCGCCAGAUAUUAACCAGUUAAUGGAAAAGUUAACGUUGAACUUAACAUCAUCAAGUAAUCUAGAUAAGGAUGUGAAGCCUUUAUUACACUCUAUUAAAAACUUUCUUUUGCACUCAGACAUUGAAUUUUUUGACUAUGACUUGUUAAUUGAGCUUUUAGAUGCAAUAGUUGCUUUAUGUCCGUUUGAAGAUGUUCUAGCCGUGUUUUCCGUUGAUGACCUAGUUGCUGCUCUUGAAAGUGGGAGUAGAUCAUUGAUUACCACCGUGUGUAAGGUUAUUUCUGCAGCUUAUCCAAGAGAUAUAUUUGCUGGUACACCUUUAAUAGAUGAGUUAUUGAAGCUAUAUUUUGAUGAUUCCGCAGUAGUUUCGAUUAUUAGCGAACUCGAAAAGACUUUCGAUACAUUGUCUACAAACCAAUUGAAUAGAAGAAGAAUUCUAGAAAACAAUCUCCCAACCAUUAUGAAUGCAAAGAACUCUAAUAACUCUACAACUUUUUGCCGUUUGUUAGAUCUAUUGAAGAUGUUGGCGGCAAACGUUUCAUUUGAAGAGUUCAGAAAGGACACAUUCUCAGUGGAUGAGAAAACGAUCAGAGAAGCAAUGGAAAAUGAUGUGUUAGUCUUCAUCCAUAUAUGCCAGUAUGUAUGUGAACUGCUGAAUUUAGUUAUUAAAGGACAUGGCAAGGAAUGGAUUGUAAGAUAUAUUGACAAGACCUUCGAUAUUUUCGGUGAGGCAUACGCAAGAAGAGAUGAGUUAUAUGAUGUAUCUCAUUUUGCCAAUUCUUAUUUGCUUCGAAUCUUCUCUAAAAUAUCAUAUCUCGAUGAGAAAUCAUAUAUUAAAAAUCUUGAACUCAGACACUUCCCGUUGUCUGUGGAUAAACCUUAUUGUGUGGAUUUUCUAACCGUUCUAAAUCCCAGUUAUAUUGUUAAGUCUCAUAAAGAACUAUUGCAAGAACUAAACCUACGGCCAAGAAAUGUGCAUAUGUUUGUCAAUCUCAUAAAAGAUGAAGAAUGCUUUAAUAUUAUCAAGGACGAAAUAAACUCGAAAUCUUUAGAAGCGAUGCCUUACUUAGAACAAAUGUUUUUGCUAGUGGGUUUGACAUCUGAAUUGUAUGGAAUUCAUCAUCUAACGCAUAACAUACCAGCAAUUAUGAACAAUUUAAUUGAUAGUGGCAAUAAUGUAACCGAACAAGUGUGCUUUGACCUAAGACAGAAAGUUUUUGAAAACCUUUUGGAUGCCGAUCCUCAAGAAUUAUCGAUUUGGCUAAUACCAUUGCAAUCUGAGUACUCUAAUAUUUUGAAUGGUAGAAGUAAACGUUUGUCAGAAAAGCACAAGGUGGCUGAUGAGUAUAUAUAA